AUGGCUUCCAUCAUCGAUGCCCUCUGGGACUUUAAUACCCACGUCACGCUCUUUGGUCGCAUGAUGUUUCUCUGGUCCUUUGUCCUUUUCGGAAUCGUUAUUGCUGUCCAGCUGUCGCAGUACGGAGAGCCUGAUCAUACGAGAAUUCAGUGGGUGCGCUUUACUGACGAGUCUCGUCCCUACUGGCUCACCUUCUACGUCCUCGAAGUCUUCUUGUUCUUCACCGGCGCCUAUCCUAUGCUCUACGACAAAAUGUCCAUGUACCUUGGCACUGGUUACGAGGAGCAGAUACUCAACGCCAUCUGGAUUGGUCUUUUGAGCGUCGAGGCCCUGAUGGUCGCCGGCGUCGCUGUGCUUUCCAUCUCCCGCAAGCUCAAGGCCCCGCCCAAGCAGAAGACCAACUAA